AUGAACGGGGGAAAUCCUCCCUCAGGGCCCCCAGUGUCCUUCGAGGAGGUGGCCGUGUUCUUCACGGAGGAGGAAUGGGCUCUGCUGGAUCUGGCCCAGAGAGCUCUGUACUGGGAAGUCAUGCGGGAGAAUUACGAGAUGGUGGCCUCUCUGGCAGGGGAUGCACCAGCGACUGAGGGACAGGGGCAACCAGGAGGGGUGUCUUCAGAAGGAGACGAGGCUCUGGAGGUGGAACCUUGGGAUCGAGAUGGAACUCCAAGGCCGCUGAAAAGAACACAGGACAGAAAACAGAAGGGGAGGGAGGAGCUGGUUGCCUUCCAGGGCAGAGAUGUCUGCGAGAUCCCAGCCCAAAAGCAAACAGAAAAGGGAAGGAAUAAGUGCCCCAUGAAAGGAGUAAGGUUCAGUUGCGAAUCCAGUGCUAAGAAAGACCAGACGAUCCAAACAGGCGAGAAACCGUACGGCUGCUUGGAGUUUGGGAAGAGCUUCACAUUUGAAUGCCUGGAGUGUGGAGAGAGCUUCAGGUUGUAUGCAGAAAUCCUUAAACAUCUAAGGAUUCACGGAGGAGAGAAGCCAUACAAAUGUUUGGAGUGUGGGAAGAGUUUCUAUUCUAAUGGGGACCUAACUGUACAUCAAAGGAUCCAUACUGGGGAGAAGCCAUACAAAUGUUUGGAGUGUGGGAAGAGCUUCAUACAAAGAAGGAAUCUUACUUCACAUCAAUGGGUCCACACUGGGGAGAUGCCAUUUAAUUGUUCACAUUGCAGCAAGAGCUUUUCUUCUCAAUCAAGCCUUAGCCAACAUCAGAGGAUUCACACAGGAGAGGCGCCGUAUAAAUGCUUGGAGUGUGGAAGGGCCUUCCUUCACGGUAGCCUCUUCAAUAAACAUCGGAGGAUUCACACUGGAGAGAAGCCAUACAAAUGUUUGGCAUGUGGGAAGAGCUUCUCUAAUAGCAGCAACCUAACUGUACACCAGAGAAUCCACACAGGGGAGAAGCCAUAUAAAUGCUUGGAGUGUGGGAAGAGUUUCAGUCAGAGAAGAAGCCUCACUUCACAUCGAUGUCACACAGGAGAGAAGCACUAUAAAUGCUUGGAGUGUGGAAAGGCCUUUUCUUACAGUGCCAGCCUUACUAUACAUCAAAGGAUUCACAGCGGAGAGAAGCCAUACAAAUGCUUGGAGUGUGGAAAGAACUUCUCUCAGAGUGGCAACCUCACUAGCCAUCAACGGAUUCACACAGGAGAGAAGCAUUAUAAAUGUUUAGAGUGUGGAAAGACCUUCUCUUACAGUGGCAACCUCAUUGCACAUCAGAGGAUUCACAGAGGAGAGAAGCCAUAUAAAUGCUUAGAGUGUGGAAAGAACUUCUCUUGCAGCGGCACCCUCACUAACCAUCAACGGAUUCACACAGGAGAGAAGCACUAUAAAUGCUUGGAGUGUGGAAAGACCUUCUCUCACAGUGGCAACAUCACUAAACAUCAAAUGAUUCACACAGGAGAGAAGCCAUGUAGAUGCUUGGAGUGUGGGAAGAGCUUCGCUCGCAAGGAUAGCCUUACUUUACAUCAGAGGGUUCACACUGGGGUAAAGCCAUAUAAAUGCUUGGCAUGCGGAAAGAGCUUCAGUCGGAAAAAUAGCCUUACUUUACAUCAAAGGAUUCACAAAGGGGAGAAGCCGUAUAAAUGCUUGGAGUGUGGAAAAAACUUCUCUCAGAGUAGCAACCUCACUAGCCAUCAACACAUUCACACAGGAGAGAAGCCCUAUAAAUGCUUGGAGUGUGGAAAGGCCUUCUCUCACAGGGGUGACAUCACUACACAUCAGAGGACUCACACAGGAGAUAAGCCAUAUAGAUGCUUGGAAUGCGGGAAGAGCUUCAGUCAGAAAGGUAGCCUUACUUUACAUCAGACGGUUCACACAAGGGAAAAGACAUAUAAAUGCUCAGCUUGUGGAAAGAGCUUCAGCUGGAAAUACAGCCUUACUUUACAUGAGAGGAUUCACAGAGGGGAGAAGCCUUAUAAAUGCUUGGAGUGUGGAAAGACUUUCUCCUACAGUGGCAACCUCACUACGCACCAGAGGAUUCACACAGGAGAGAAGCCAUAUAAAUGCUUGCAGUGUGGAAAGACCUUCUCUCAGAGUGGCACCCUCACUAACCAUCAGCUGAUUCACACAGGAGAAAAGCGCUAUAAAUGCUUGGAGUGUGGAAAGAACUUCACUCACAGUGGCGACCUCGCUACACAUCAAAGGAUUCACACUGGGGAGAAGCCCUAUACAUGUUUGGAGUGUGGGAAGAGCUUCAGACAAAUAGGGAAUCUUACUUCACAUCAACGGGUUCACACUGGGGAGAAGCCAUUUAAUUGCUUACAUUGCAAGUGUGGAAAGAGCUUCUCUGACAGUGGCAGCCUCACUAAACAUCAAAGGAUUCACACAGGGGUGAAGCCAUAUAAAUGCUUGGAAUGUGGGAAGAGUUUCAGUCAGAGCUCAGGCCUUACAUCACAUUUCCUGCUUCACACAAGUGAGAAACCAUAUCAAUGUUCAGAAUGUGAGAAGAGCUUCAGACGGAGAUACCACCUUAUCUCACAUCAACGUAUUCAUACUGGGGAGAAGCCAUAUGAAUGCUCAGAUUGUAGCAAGAGCUUUUCUCAUAAAUCAGGCCUUAAGCAACAUAAGAGGAAGCACACAGGAGAGAAGCCUUAUAAAUGCUUGGAGUGUGGAAAGAGCUUCUCUUGGAAUAGCCAGCUAACUUUCCAUCAACAAAUUCACACAGGAGAGAAGCUAAAUAAAUACUUGGAGUGUGGAAAGAAGUUCAGUCAAAGCCUUACAUCACAUCUCCUGCUUCAAAAAAGUGAGAAACCCCAUCAGUGUUUAGAAUGUGAGAAGAGCUUCAGACGGAGAGACCACCUUACUUCACAUCAACGGAUUCACACUGGGGAGAAGCCAUAUGAAUGCUCAGAUUGUAGCAAGAGAUUUUCUCAUAAAUCAGGCCUUAAGCAACAUAAGAGGAAGCACACAGGAGAGAAGCCAUAUCAAUGCUCUGAGUGUGGGAAGAGUUUCCCUUAUAAUAUCCAACUAGUUCUACAUCAGAGGACUCACACUGGGGAGAAGCCAUAUACAUGCUUGGAAUGUGGGAAGAGCUUCACUCACAGCUCAAGCCUUACAUCACACCUCCUGCUUCACACAAAUGAGAAACCAUAUCAGUGUUCGGAAUGUGAGAAGAGCUUCAGACGGAAAUACCACCUCACCUCACAUCAACGUAUUCACACUAGGGAGAAGCCGUACAAAUGCUCAGAUUGUAGUAAGAGAUUUUCUCAUAAAUCAGGCCUUAACCAACAUAAGAGGAAGCACACAGGAGAGAAGCCAUAUCAAUGCUUGCAGUGUGGAAUGAGCUUCUCUUGGAAUAGCCAGCUAAUUGUUCACCAAGAAAUUCAUGCAGGUGAGAAGCCAAAUACAUUCUUGGAGUUUGGGAAGAGCUUCUCUCAUAAUGUCCACUUCACGGUCCAUCAGAGGACUCACGCAGGGGAGAAGCCGUACAAAUGCUCAGAGUGUGGGAAGAGCUUCAGUCACAACGACAGCCUUACUUUACAUCAGAGGAGUCACAUAGGGGAGAAACCAUAUAAAUGCUUGGAAUGUGGGAAGAGUUUCAAUCAGAGAUCAAGCCUUACGUCACAUCUCCUGCUUCACACAAAUGAGAAACCAUAUCAGUGUUUGGAAUGUGAGAAGAGCUUCAGACGGAGAGACCACCUUAAGUCACAUCAACGUGUUCACACUGGGGAGAAACCAUACAAAUGUUCAGCUUGCAGUAAGAGCUUUGCUCAUAAAUCAGGUCUUAAUCACCAUAAGAGGCAGCAUGCUGGAGAGAAGCCAUAUAAAUGCUUGCAGUGUGGAAUGAGCUUCUCUUGGAAUAGCCAGCUAAUUGUUCACCAAGAAAUUCAUGCAGGUGAGAAGCCAAAUACAUUCUUGGAGUUUGGGAAGAGCUUCUCUCAUAAUGUCCACUUCACGGUCCAUCAGAGGACUCACGCAUUGGAGAAGCCGUACAAAUGCUUAGAGUGUGGGAAGAGCUUCAGUCAGAACGACAGCCUUACUUUACAUCAGAGGAGUCACAUAGGGAAGAAACCAUAUAAAUGCUUGGAAUGUGAGAAGAGCUUCACUCAAAGGUCAAGCCUUAUGUCACAUCUCCUGCUUCACACAAGUGAGAAACCAUAUCAGUGUUUGGAAUGUAAGAAGAGCUUCAGACGGAGAGACCACCUUAAGUCACAUCAACGUGUUCACACUGGGGAGAAGCCAUACAAAUGCUCAGAUUGCAGUAAGAGCUUUGCUCAUAAAGCAGGUCUUAAUUAUCAUAAGAUGAAGCAUGCUGGAGAGAAGCCAUAUGAAUGCUUGGGAGAGUGGAAAGAGCUUCAAAUGGAGAGGGAGCCUAUCUCCACAUCAGUUUAUUCACACUGGGCGGGAGCCAUAUAA